AUGCUGGCCUACACCGUGCGGCGCCUGCUGAACCUCAUUCCCAUCCUGUUCCUGCUCACCGCCUUCGUCUUUUUCAUAUUCCGCUUCCUGCCCGGCGGGCCCAUCGAAAUGAUGGUGCCGCCCGACGAAGUCCUCGACGAAGAAGUCCGCCUCAUACUGGAAAAGGAAUUGGGCCUCGACCGCCCUGUUCUGGUGCAGUAUUUCGAUUGGCUGUGGCGCGCCCUGCAGGGUGAUUUCGGGGAAUCGAUCUACAGUCAGCUACCGGUCGGCGGCCUCAUCAUGGAGCGUUUUCCCGCCACCUUAUACUUGGCCCUUGCCGCCGUCGUGCUCGCCAUUGCGGUGGCCAUCCCCAUGGGCACCAUCGCGGCACUGCGCAAGAACACGAUGACCGAUUACGUGGCCAUGGGCACCUCGGUGCUCGGCCUCACGGUGCCGAAUUUCUGGCUCGCCCUGAUGAUGAUCCUGCUGUUCUCGCUCGGCCUGCGCUGGCUGCCGAGCAUGGGCUACGUCGACCCGAUGCAGGACUUCUUCGGCAGCCUGAAACACUUCGUCAUGCCGGCCAUCGUAUUGGCAGCGUAUCCGUGCGCCGUGGCCACCCGCAUGACCCGCUCCAGCAUGCUGGAUGAGCUCAACAAGGACUACGUCUACACCGCCCGCUCGCAGGGCCUGCCGGAGUGGAAGAUCAUCUUCAAGUACACACUCAAAAACGCCCUGAUUCCCACCAUCACCAUCGUCGGCCUGCUGUUCGCCCGCCAGUUGGGCGGCACCAUCAUCAUUGAAACGAUCUUUGGCUGGCCGGGCGUCGGGCUGUUGAUCUUCGAGCACAUCAACGCGCGAGACUUUCCGGUACUGCAGGGCGCCGUGCUGCUUCUGGCCAUCUUUUUCGUCGGCAUCAAUCUCUUGGUCGAUCUGAUGUAUCGCCUGGUCAACCCGCGCGUCGAGCUGAGUUGA